UCCCCGCCCGGACCUCGAGGCGAAUUGGCUCCCCGGUGCCACCGCCACCGCCGCCGCCGCUCCUGAGCGCAUGCCUUCUUCGGCCCCAGCGAAGCCCCUCGCCGCCGGGCCGGACGGAGGGGGACGCUGCUGGCCAGGCUGCGCUUUGCUGCAACCACGUGUCCUUCGCAGCCUGCCUGUCACACCACAACAAGGAAGCCUGCGGGGGAAUCUUCUUCUCCCUUUGGAUCGCCCUGGGGGAAGCCGCCACUUUCCCGGGCCAGGCUGUUUGCAGCAAUGGAAGAAAAUAGCUUGGGCACCUUGCAACAGAGGGCAGCUGAGCUGGAGUGCAUGGCUGAGGUUCUUCUGACAGGGGAACAGCUACGGCUCAGGCUACAUGAAGAAAAAAUUAUUAAGGACCGAAGACACCACCUGAAGACUUACCCGAACUGUUUCGUUGCCAAAGAAUUGAUUGACUGGCUGAUUGAUCACAAAGAGGCCUCUGACAGGGAGACAGCAAUUAAACUGGUGCAGAAGCUGCUGGAUCGUAGCAUUAUUCAUCACGUGUGUGAUGAGCAUAAGGAAUUCAAGGAUCUCAAACUUUUCUACCGCUUUAGGAAAGACGAUGGGACUUUCCCACUUGACAAUGAAGUGAAGGCUUUCAUGAGAGGACAGAGAAUAUAUGAAAAGCUUAUGAAUACUGAAAAUGUUAUUUUACAAGCCAGAGAAGAAGAAGGAGCAAAAUAUGAGCGUACUUUCAUGGCCUCGCAGCUAAUUGACUGGUUGAUCCAGGAAGGAGAAGCUGCCACAAGAGCUGAGGCUGAACAACUCGGUCGCAGACUUCUGGAGCACGGAAUUAUCCAACACGUAUCCAACAAACACCAUUUUGUGGAUAGCAACCUGCUCUAUCAGUUCCGGAUGAAUUUCCGCCGCAGAAGGAGAUUGAUGGAACUGCUCACCGAGAAGUCCCGUUUGGUGCCAGAGAGCCACGACAGUCCUUUUUGCCUGCGGAAGCAAAAUCACGACCACAAAAAACACGCCAGUUUCCUUUCAGGUAUAUGUUGGAUUAGGGCUGGAGGGUAAACGGACAUUCAGGAA